UGUGUACGCAGUUGAUUCAGCAUGUGCGUCGGGUGCCAUUCGUAAAGUGAUGGUCUGUUAUUUCAUGCACACAUAUAGAGAUGCGAGCGGGAGCGCAACUUCUCCGACGAAGCUGUCUUAUUUAUAUUUUAUAGACCAAUAUAUUUACGUAUCGAUUUCUUGUUUUGCUGAGGACGUUUCGCUACGGUAUGAUUUCAUUAUGAUUUUGCGUGCAUAAUGUGCGGGGCGAAGUGAUGCGGCGAUGUAUUUCUUCGGGCAAAAUUGUCACGGGGUCCGGAGAGCUGUUUUCAAAGAAGUUCUGUGUGGUCAUUUUAACCGUUAGAAAAAACAUCAGCUGAGCUUGUAGUAAGCACUGUAAUUGUUUACCUUUGAUACAUUUGGAUACUGAAUGUGACUGAGGGUUGAAAACCAGUUUGGACAUAGACCGACCUGUCACAACGCAAAAAUGACCAACUACAAGAAUAUGGAGACACAUACCACGCAUGUCUUGCUAUUGGCGGUAUCAAUCAUCUGUACAGUCUUGGGGUCCCGUGCACGUUUUGAGGACAGCUCACCUCGGAUCUUGGAAGACCCCUCUGACUUGAUCGUGUCCAAGGGGGAACCCGCAACCCUCAACUGUAAGGCAGAGGGGCGGCCUAACCCCACUGUGGAGUGGUACAAGGACAGGGAGCGGGUGGAAACGGACCGGGAUGACCCUCGAUCUCACCGAAUGCUCCUUCCCAGCGGCUCCCUCUUCUUCCUGCGUAUCGUACACGGACGACGCUCCAAACCAGAUGAGGGAGUCUACACCUGUGUGGCACGUAACUACCUUGGAGAGGCUGUCAGUCGAAACGCUUCACUGGAAGUAGCCAUCCUGAGGGAUGACUUCCGCCAGGCCCCCAGUGAUGUGGUGGUGGCAGCCGGUGAGCCAGCGGUCCUGGAGUGUGUUCCCCCCCGCGGUCACCCUGAGCCCACCGUCUCCUGGAAGAGGAACAAUGCCCGCGUCAGCAGCAAGGAUGACCGCAUCUCUAUGCGUGGGGGCAAGCUGAUGAUCUCCUACACCAGGAAGAGUGAUGCUGGCAUGUAUGUGUGUGUGGGCACCAACAUGGUGGGAGAGAGGGACAGUGACCCUGCUGAGUUGGUGGUGUAUGAGCGUCCUGUGCUGAUACGGAGGCCGGUGAACCAGGUGGUGAUGGAAGAAGAAACCGUUGAUUUCCUGUGUGAGGUACAUGGAGACCCCGCCCCCACGAUACGCUGGCGUCGAGAGGAGGGGGAGCUCCCCCGCGGGAGGUUUGAGAUCCACAGUGACAACAGCCUACGUCUGACUAGGGUGAGAGGGGAGGACGGGGGAACUUACACCUGUAUGUCUGAGAACAGCGUGGGCAAAACAGAGGCUUCAGCCACGCUAGAGGUCCAUGUGCCCCCACAGAUCACCAUUAAACCCCAGGACCAGAUUUCCGCUCAGGGGUGCAGUGUCACCUUCCGCUGCGGCACCAGAGGAAACCCCUCACCUGCCAUCUUCUGGAAGAAAGAAGGAAGCCAGAUGCUGUUGUUUCCUGGCCAGCCCCUCUCCCAGUCCGGUCGCUACUCUGUUUCCAUGAGUGGUGAGCUGUCCAUCACCGACGUGCACCUGGAGGAUUCUGGGUAUUAUAUCUGCCAGGCCAUCAGUGUAGCAGGAAGUGUCCUGACCAAAGCCCUGCUGGAGGUGGAAGGGGGUCCUUCAGACCGUGUUCCACCAAUCAUCCGUCAAGGCCCAGCCAAUCAGACGUUGGGUCUGGGGUCCAUUGCCCAGUUGCAGUGUCAUGCGAUUGGUGGACCCUCACUAAGGAUCAUGUGGGAAAAGGACGGGGAGAAGAUUGUGGGGGAUGACCCCCGCAUGACCCUGAUGGAGAACGGAACACUGCAGAUCACUAAUGUUGAGGAUAAGGAUUCGGGAAUGUACACUUGUGUGGUGUCCAGCGCCACGGGCGAGUCGAGCUGGAGCGGGACACUCACCAUAAGAGAGGACGGAGCCCCUGGGUCAUCAGUUCCCCGGGUGUCAGAGUCCAUCCAGCUGCCAGGGCCGCCCCAGAAGCCUGUGGUGACGGAUGUGACCAGGAAUACCGUCACCCUCACCUGGCAGUCCAACCCCCACGAGGGUGGGGCCGCUGUCACCUCCUACAUCAUCGAGGCCUUCAGCCAAUCCGUUGGCAGUGUGUGGCAGACGGUAGCUGACCACGUGAAACAGGAGAAGCACACCGUCAUCGGCCUGUACCCAAACACUGUCUACCUGUUCAUCGUCCGAGCAGUGAACUCCUACGGUCUGAGUGACCCCAGCCCAAUCUCUGAACCCAUCAGGACACAGGAUGGGAGUCCUACAGAGCAGGGGGUAGACCGCAGACAGGUGCAGAGAGAACUGGGGGAGGUGUCUCUCUACCUGCAGAAGCCUGUGGUCCUAUCACCCAGCAGUGCCCAGGUCUCCUGGACUGUGGCACGUCAGUCUCAGUACGUGCAGGGAUUCAGGCUGCUGUACCGCUCCACUGGCAGCGCCUGGUUAGUCCAGAAUGUGAAAGUGGGGCCUGAGCUCACCACUGUCCUAUCAGACCUGCACACGGACACAGAGUACGAGGUGAAGGUACGCCCCUACUUCAACGAGCUGCAGGGACUGGACAGCCCCCUGGUGCAGCUACGCACCCCUGAGGAGGUGUUAAGUGCUCCCCCGCAGGCUGUGUCGGUGGUCCAGCUCAGCAACAGCUCUAGCAUCAGUGUCUCCUGGGAACCUCCCCCCGCUGAUGUUCAGAGUGGUACAGUCCUGGAGUACAAGGUCUGGUGCCUGGGGAGUGACACUGAGUUGAAAACAGAGAGCCAUAUCAACAGGACAGUUGAUGGAGCGGGGUUGUCCAUCCUACUGACUGGGCUGCUGCCAGACCUCCAGUACAGUGUGAUGGUGGCUGCAGUCACCAACUUGGGAGUGGGUGAACAUAGCCCACCUAUAGACCUAGUCCUCACCCUGUCACUGGACAUGCCUUCAGACCCUCUGCAGAAAGACAGCAGCCUCAGUCUAUCAGAGCAGAUCACGGGAGUGGUCAGCCAACCAGCUUUCAUCGCUGGGUUGGGUGUGGCCUCGUGGCUGGUGCUCAUGGGGUUCAGUGGUUGGCUAUACUGUCGCCACCGCAGGAGGAAAGACCUGGGACACUACACCACCUCAUUUGCCUACACACCUGCAGUUGGAUUUGCUCACAGUGAAGGAUCUGGUCUCAGCAACGGAAGUAGACCAGGGAUGCUGGACUCCAACAUGGGGAACUACCCAUGGCUAGCAGACUCCUGGCCAGCCCCUGGCCUUGCCCACAAUGGAAAAGACUCAGUCAACUGUUGCUCUGGCAAACUGGACUCUACAGACAGAUACUACAAUGUUGGCAUCUCCAAUUACCUGAGCCAGUCUGAGAAGUACAGCUCAGUGUCCACAGACAGUCCCAUCUACAGCACCAUCAAUACAGCUGCUGCUGAGGACCUGCAGGGUUUAGCCUACUACAACAAAUACUCCAACACCCCCUACACCCAGGGCUCCAACACCCCCUACUCCCAGGGCCCUGACCCCUAUGCCAUUACCCCCGUCCUCUCCAACUCGGGCCUCUUCGGUCUGGAGCAGGACCUGGACCAGUUGACCAUCCAGUCUAGAGAGUACGCCAAGCUGCAGUACGCCAGGACAAGCAAUGCCAAGCUGGUGAAGCAGACUGGGAGAAGCAACUGGGAGGAUGUGCUAUCUCUACCACUGCCUGCUAAUAAAGAACGGGGUUACACAAAGAGAGACAGGGAUGAGGGGAGGAACAGUAGCUCAGAUGAGGAUGAGGAGGACUGGUGUCCCCCACUGCCAGCGAGGACCUACCUGAUGGAAGGCUCCAGGGACGAGUUACCCAGCCUGCCCUCCUCCAGAAGAGAGGAGCUGACCCAGGGCUCCACCUCCAGCCUGCGGUCCACAGCCAUACUUCCCCCCUCCCCUCAGGAGGAGACACACACCCUCAACCCCAACGGCAGCCCCCCGCUGCAGCACUUUGACCUGCUGGCCUGCUACGGGCCCAGUUCCCAUGUCUCCCAUUCCAACCACAACCUGUUUGCCAAUAAGGAUGAUGCCAGCGGGCCAUAUGAUGUCAGCGGGCUAUACCACACCAACCAAUGGGGAGACACCUCCAUGGGGGAGAGCUAUAUUUCAGAGAGGAGUGGCGGAGGAGGACAAUCUCCUCCUUUCCUGGCUGAGUCCGCCCACGCUACUCAGGGGCACAGAACCAGGAGCAAGAAGAAAGUCCUCAAGGAGGGCCAGCACCGACGAGAGCUGCAUGACCAAGCAGUCUGUGCAGACCUGCCCCCUCCGCCGGCCCCACCCCCUGCAGCAGACGACCCCCUGCAGCUCCUGGCUGAUGUGCUGGGCUGCAGCCGGACACCGUCGGCGGACAACUCGCCAGCUCUGCAGAGGAGAGGAGACUACUCCUCGCCCCAUAAGAGGGGGCCUACCAUGUGGGGCUCACAGGAUGAGGGUGUAAUCCCGUACUGCCCAUCCAGCUUUUUGCCCCGGGGCCAGAUGUCCGACUACGGUUCCCUUGGUGGAGGGGCGUCCUCGCGGGCUUCAACAGGACAGAGAGGGCCCGGAGCUGUCCGGAGGAGGGACGAGAACCUCAUGUAGCUGGAAGCAGAUUAUGUGAUGUGAAGUUCUCCGCCAUGUGUUUUUUAAAAGGUUCUUUUGCUGCUUCCAUUUUUGCUGAAAUCCAGACUGUUGCCAUGGUGUCAAAGAAGAGCUGAAGACAAAAGUGAAAGCAUUUAAGCUUGCCACCUGCUUUUUCAAUAUUAGUUCAUAUUUUCGUUUUUUAUUUAUUCAUAAUUUGUAUGUGAUUUGAUGUCCUGCCUCUGUAUAUAAACAUCUUUGCAACUUUUUUUAAACAUGACCUGGGAUAAAGAAAAUAUAUUGUAUUUUAAGAAAAGGGAAAGAAAGUCUUAAAAUGACGAUAGAUAUUAUACAUCGGAUGUUUGAAUGUACCUUAUGUUUAUUGUUUACCAUGGUGAUGUUUGUGUAAUGAAAGGAUAUGAGGCAGAAACUCUGUUAACAAGACCUGAUAGUUGGGCAUCUGUGAGGUUCUGUGAGUGUGUUGACAGUUUCUCUUUCUCUCUCGCGCGCUGUCAUUGUGGAGUCAACCUCCUGCUUCUUCUAAACCGGCAUAUCGAUCUUUUCAACAGCAGAUGAAAUAGCCUUGUCAUUUUAGGUUGUGAUGCUGAAAAUGUGUGAACCUAUACCCUUGUUAAACACCAAUUGAUAUGUUCUGUCAUCAGUGGAAUGAUUUGUUAAAAAAUACCAAUAAAACAUUUGUUAC